AUGUCAUCGAUUGCACAUACCCGAAUCCAAAGAGAAUGUAAGGAGAUCAUCACAUGCACAGAGCUUAUCGAUUCGGGUGUGAUGAUCGAAAUCCGUGAUAAUUGGAUGAAAAUUGAGGGUGAGAUUCGUGGGCCAUCCGACAGUCCAUAUGAAGGUGGCGUAUUCAAAAUUGAUAUCAGCAUUCCAGACGAUUAUCCAUUUCAUCCUCCACAGGUAUGUAGAUUCAUAACCAAGAUUUGGCAUCCGAACAUUAGUUCUCAGACUGGAGCGAUUUGCCUCGAUAUCUUAAAAGAUCAGUGGGCAGCAUCGUUGACUUUGAGAACGGUGCUUUUGAGUAUUCAAGCAUUGCUGACAUUACCAGAACCAAAGGACCCUCAAGAUGCAAUGGUAGCUCGGCAGUUUAUGGAUGACCGCAAAAUGUUCGAGAGGACAGCGAGGUUUUGGACGCAACAUUAUGCGCGUGGACCUGGUGUAAGAGAUGAGGAGCUGUGGAGACAAGUGGAGAAACUGGAAGAUAUGGGUGUAUCAAGAAAUGAGGCAAUAUCCUCCCUCAGUUGUCAUCAGUGGGAUUUAUCUAAAGCGACAGAUUAUGUUUUUAGUUAA